UUACAUAGUUUGCCCCUAGUAUUUCUAUAUUAGACAGAUGUGUCAUGCUCAGAGGCUUAGGACUUGUGUCCGGGCGAUAAGGAGCAGUAUUCCGAGGAGAUUUUUUCCUAAUUUGUACUUGCAUUCUUCUUCUGCAGAUUUCACCACAAUGUCGACCAUUUCUGGUCUCGCGAUUCCAUGCAAAGCUGCGGUGGCAUGGGAAGCAGGAAAACCAUUGGUGAUGGAACGAGUGGAGGUAGCUCCCCCACAGGCGAUGGAAGUGAGGAUCAAGGUUAAAUAUACGUCUCUCUGCCACACUGAUCUCUACUUCUGGGAGGCCAAGGGGCAAACUCCUAUUUUCCCCAGAAUUUUUGGCCACGAGGCAGCUGGAAUUGUGGAGAGUGUUGGAGAAGGAGUGACAGACUUGCAAGCAGGGGAUCAUGUGCUUCCAGUAUUCACCGGGGAAUGUGGAGAAUGUGCACACUGCAAGUCCGAGGAGAGCAACAUGUGUGACCUUCUGAGAAUAGAUACAAAUAGAGGAGUGAUGCUGAGUGAUGGAAAAAGUAGGUUCUCCAUUAAUGGCAACCCUAUCAACCACUUUCUAGGCACUUCCACUUUCAGUGAAUACACUGUGGUUCACUCUGGCUGCCUUGCAAAGAUCAACCCUUUGGCACCUAUGGAUAAAGUCUGUGUACUCAGCUGCGGCAUUUCGACUGGAUUGGGAGCAACUCUUAAUGUGGCAAAGCCAAAGAAAGGUUGCUCUGUUGCAGUCUUUGGUCUUGGAACUGUUGGCCUUGCUGCUGCAGAGGGGGCAAGAAUUGCUGGGGCAUCUAGGAUCAUUGGGAUUGACUUGAAUCCAAGUAGAUUUGAAGCAGCCAAGAAAUUUGGAGUGACUGAGUUUAUAAAUCCAAAGGAUUAUGAUAAACCAGUUCAAGAGGUUAUUGCAGAGAUAACAAACGGUGGAGUGGACCGUAGUGUGGAGUGCACUGGAAACAUCAACGCCAUGAUCUCUGCUUUUGAAUGUGUUCAUGAUGGCUGGGGAGUUGCAGUGCUUGUAGGAGUACCCACCAAGGAUGCAGUGUUCAUGACCAAACCAAUCAAUGUGCUAAACGAAAGAACAUUGAAAGGGACCUUCUUUGGGAACUACAAGCCCAGGACAGACCUUCCAUCUAUUGUUGACAUGUACAUGAACAAGAAGUUGGAACUGGAAAAGUUUAUAACACACACAGUUCCAUUCUCUGAGAUUAACAAGGCGUUUGAGUUGAUGUUGAAGGGGGAGGGACUACGCUGUAUCAUUGACAUCGACGAAUAGAAUUUUGAAAUGCAUCAUAUCACUUUAUCCACAGCUAGCUUUGUCUUCUUCGGGUGGAUUAUGUAAUUCUCAUUUUAUGUCACUGAUGUUUGAACUAUCUAGAGCGUGGAAUUAGUAUAAUAUUUUUGCAAAAUGGAAAAGAAAAAAGAACUGAGUAAGAAUAGAGAAAAUAAAUAAGUUUUCCAUGUUCAAGAAUUA